GCUCCUCCAGUCUGGCCUCGGAGCGGUGCGGAGCGCAAGGGGCUCCCACGCGGGGGCUCGGCCGGCCCGGCUCGCUCCCCCGCGGGCGGCGGGCGCUCCUGCUGGCAGGAGCCCGGCUCACUCCCUUUGUUCUUUCUCUUCCCCCUCACCUCCCACUCCCCUCCUGUCUCGUGGUGGCGGCUCCUCCCGCCGGAGGCUGUCGGGCUGCUUGGGAGAAGGGGAGGAGGGAGGGGAGGGGGAGGAGGAGGAGGAGGAGGAGGAGGAGGAAGGCGCUCGGGCUCCCGGGGCGUCGGGGGCGAUGGCGAAGAUCAGGGUGGCUUACGAGUACACGGAAGCGGAGGACAAAAGCAUCCGGCUGGGCUUAUUCCUCAUCAUCUCGGGCAUCGUGUCGCUCUUCAUCUUCGGCUUCUGCUGGCUCAGUCCCGCCCUGCAGGACCUGCAAGCCAAGGCGGCCAACUGCACGGUGCUGUCGGUGCAGCAAAUCGCCGAGGUGUUCGAGUGCACCUUCACCUGUGGCGCCGACUGCCGCGGCACCUCGCAGUACCCCUGCGUCCAGGUCUAUGUCAACAACUCCGAGUCCCACUCCCGGGCGCUGCUGCACCGCGACGAGCACCAGCUGUUAACCAACCCCAAGUGCUCAUAUAUCCCUCCUUGUGAAAGAGAAAAUCAGAAGAAUUUGGAAAGUGUCAUGACUUGGCAACAGUACUGGGAAGAUGAAAUUGGUUCUCAGCCAUUCACUUGCUAUUUUAAUCAGUAUCAGAGACCUGAUGAUGUGCUCCUGAAGCGCACCCAUGAUGAGAUCGUCCUACUGCACUGCUUCCUCUGGCCCCUGGUGACCUUCCUUGUGGGAGUCCUUAUCGUGGUGCUGACCAUCUGUGCCAAGAGCCUGGCUGUCAGAGCAGAAGCUAUGAAAAAGCGGAAGUUCUCCUAAAGGGAAGUGGCGCCAGAGAAAGGAUCCAAAGAUCAAAAGGAGAUGAGGGAAAACGUGUCACACACUACCCUCUUUCUGGUCACCUCCUCAGCCCCCGCAAAUCCCCUUUUCAGCAUCUUGGGAAAUGUAGGUGUGGCCAGUGUCCCAGCAAGGACUCCUACAAAAAGGUUCCAUGAAUUAUCUCUGGAAGGCUUGUCCUCAAAGGCAGCAGGAAUGAGCAAUGAAAGACUCAGAAUCACACUUGUUGUAUUAGACAUUUCUGAGCAAUGGCUAACAUGUUAAGCUCUUAGCUGUAUGGAAUGACCAUUUCAGAAAAUCCUGUAGAUUUAAUUUCAUUUGAAAAAAAAAAAAGCAUUCUACCAUUUGGUAUGAUGUAGAAUACAAACCAUCAUGACUAAUGCUAUUUAAAAUAUUAAAGCAGAGUGGUCUAA